GCUUGUUUAUGUGGAGUGCUGGCUCAGGGUUCCGCCCACCGACGUAUCUGUGAUCGCAGGGCACACAGGCACAGAGUGUAAAAUGGCGCACAGCUGUCGGUGGCGGUUCCCCGCUCGGCCCGGAGGGAGCAGCAACUCCGGCACCGGGAGGAGAGCGGGCCGGAUAAGGGUCACUGCCUCUCUGCGGAGCGUCCCGGGAGCCCAUCCGCACGCCGCCGGACUCGGACCCGGGUUUGAUGCUGCACUACAGGUCUCUUCGGUCAUCGGGAGCAACCUGCAGACAUUUCGGGAUGUUUUGGGGGAAUCGAGUGAUUCGAGCAGCGCGGAGGAAGAAGCAUUUGGAGGAUUUGGAACAGGCACUGAGCAGAAAAGAAUACCGAGUCCAUCUACAACCACUUCAGCUGGGUCACCCACACAGGAGAAGAAGCCACGUGGGCGACCACCGCGCACCCUAACUGCCCAAAAAGCUGCUGCUGCAGGUGGACUUUCCCCUCCCUCCUUCUCCUCCCCCACGCAGGCCAAACCUGAAGGUCCUGAAAGGCCAGCUGAGAAGGUAAAAAGGCUGCCUGGGAGGCCACCCGGCUCUGGGGAAAAGCGAAGAGGCCGUCCCCCGUCCUCAAGUUCCAAGAAAGCUUGGAGUACAGGCAGCCAUGCGACAGCAGAGGACGGCAGCCAGGCAGGGUCUGAGUCGCCCAUGGACACAGAGGAGGACAGAGACAGAAGAGGUGCAAAGAGAUCGCCGCUGGGCUCUGCUCUGCCGCAUCAUGCCAGUCUGCCCAAAGGUGGCCGGGGUUUAUCCAGAGUUCCCAACUUGAAGCGAGCAACUUCGCUGACAUCAUUCAAGUCGCGACUCAAGGCGUUGCCUGGUGUGCCUCGGCGCAGGCGUGGACGCCCGCCGUCAGCGGAACGCCUCAAAGCAGAGGCAGCGGCGGCCCAGCUGUCCUCUUCCGCUGAAUGUGGGGAAGGAAAACAAAAAGCCUUCAAGGGAUGGGACAGAGGAGCAGAACCACAAACUCCCCAGAAGACCACGCUGAGUCACACCAAUGCUGCAGAAAACCAGGACUCUUCCACUGCUGUCGCCUCGCCGUCUCCAUCCAAGUCGGACCGGACAGUGGCACUCCGAAAAAGCCCUCGUCACAGGAAACCCGUCAGGAUUGUUCCGCCGUCGAAGCGCACCGACGCGACGAUCGCUAAGCAACUGCUGCAGCGUGCCAAGAAAGGAGCACGCAGGCAGUUCAUCAUGCCUGUUGUCAGCACCGUCUCCUUUCGCAUCAUCAAAACACCGAAGCGCUUUAUUGAAGAUGAGGGCAGUUUCGUGUCCCCUCCGCCCCACAUGAAGAUCGCACGGUUAGAAGCGGCCUCAUCGGUCUCCACAUCCGCUCAUGCCACCUCCACCACCUCUUCCUCCCCAUCGCUGGCGAUGGCCUCCUCGACAGUGACCACCACCAGUACUGGUACUACUGCUCCCAAUGAGUCCGUCCCCCUUCCCCCUCCGCCGCCUCCAGCACCCUCCCCCGCCGCCCCGUCAACCGCGGACAGUCUGCUCAAUAGCAAUACCGACAACGCGGCCAAUGGCCGAUUCAGCAGUAGUGCUGCAUCUUGCGGCUCAAGCGCCGUAUCACAGCGUUCCUCUCAGCUUUCCUCUGCAGAGUCUUCCAGAUCCAGCAGCCCCACUCUGGACGACUCCUCCUGCGACUCUCAGGCCUCAGAGGCCACACAAGCUUUGUCGGAGCCCGAGGAGCCCGAGGAGCACUCUCCAUCCUCUCAGGGAGAAAGAGAGGCCAACCUUCUACACAGCUCUCGGCCGCCCUCGCCUCCCUCAGAACCGGAGCGCGUUUUACCUGAGAGGAGUCGCCGUGGUCGGAGAGGACAGGGGGUGAGUCGGGGCAGUCAGGGACAGACUACGCGGGAGACACUCACCGCCGGGGCCAAAAAGCCAAUCAUCAGCCCACCCACGGGAGUGCUCAUGUCCUCCUCCUCACUUCUAAACUCUCAACAAGUAUCAUCCACCGCGUCCUCUUCUUCCUCGCCACCACCUCCCCCUCUUCUCACCCCACCACAGCCUCCUCAGUCAGCCUCCUCUAGUGCUGCUAUCAGUGAGCACCACUCUUCGUCACCCUGGUUGCCACACCCUAUCCCUCCAUUCAUGUCUGGUUCGUCAGUGUUGUCCAGCUUGUCGGACAAACGGAGCCGCUCCAUUCUGAGAGAGCCUACCUUUCGCUGGACCUCCCGGUCCCACCCCGAAUACCAGUACUUCUCCUCUGCCAAGUAUGCCAAGGAGGGCCUCAUUCGAAAACCAAUCUUUGACAACUUCCGUCCUCCCCCUCUCACCGCUCAAGACGUGGGUCUGCUGCCUCAAGGUGUCAGUGGAGCAGGGGGGGCUACUCCGGGUACCUUCCCCGUGCAAGGCGGCAGCUCAGGAACGGCGAAUCGCCUAUUUGCUCCUCUUCACCCUCACAGCCACCACCAGCAUCCCUCUUCGUCCCGCUUUGAUUCUCCGCUCCAGAAACGUAGCCCGCUGUUGCGCGCCCCGCGAUUUACGCCCAGCGAAGCCCAUUCUAGGAUAUUUGAGUCCGUUACUCUGCACUCAUCGUCCGGCAGCAGCCCUGGCUCUCUAUCCCCGCACCAGAAGUCGUCAAGCUCCGGCAGAAGCUCUCGCCGCAAGAGGCGACUCAUCUCGGGAUUACACGGCCAGGCGCGGUCUCCUUCCCACUCCAUGACCAGACGCAGCAGCCAGAUCGUAGGGCAGAGGUCUGUGGGCAGAGGCUCUUCUGAGAUGUCUGCGCUGUCAGACUCUGUCCCCAGUAGUAACCCCAGCUCCUUGCCAGGGGGCUCCGCUACCAGUGCCUUAACUCCUGCUCCGUUUGGCAACUUCUCCUCUGGUUCUAAAGGUCUGACGUCACAGGGGAUACCUGACGGCAGGAGAGGGACAGCUGGAAACUCGCUGCCUCCUUUGACAACGGCAUCAUCCUCCUCCUCACCACUUUUCCCCCUCUUUUCUUCCAGUGCCCUAGACACAGGGCGAGCAGCUGGUAAAAUAAGUAAAGAGAAAAGCAUGUCAGCUCCCCAGGAGCCUGCUCCAAAGGACAAAGACAAGGAUGCUGAGAAAAACCGUGAGAAGGAAAAUAAGAAGGAAGCGAGGAAGGAUAUUGAGAAAAGGAGUAAGGUCACUACUCCAGAUGGCUCCCCCGGUGCGCCCUCCAGCCUCUUUGUAGAUGGGAGGGACUCGGAAGAUGCUCUUUUAUCUCUCGCUCCAAAAAAGGCUCCAGGGAGAAAAAAAUCAAUAUCAAUUGAUGUUACAGACACUCCAUCCUCUGAGGUGCGCACUCUCCACGCCGCUAUUCCCAAUUCCAUCUCUAAGAGCCGUGUGCCCAAGAAAGGGCGGUUCAGCGAGAAGGGAGCAGAUGUGGAGGAUGGAGAAAAGGAGAAAGAGAAGCACGGUGCUUCAAGCCAGCAGGCGGCCAGCCUUGCGGGGCAGCCGGGAAAACAACAGCUCCCGGUCUCCUCGCUGGGAUCCGUGUUGGAACAAGCAGAGAAGCAACCUGCAACUGACAAGCGCGUCGUUGGACUGCUGAGAAAGGCCAAAGCACAGCUUAUUGAAAUAAAGAAGAACAAGCUGAAGUCUGCAGACCAAACCAAGGUCCAGGGUCAAGAGAGCGACUCCUCAGAGGCCUCAGUACGUGGCCCACGCAUCAAGCAUGUUUGCCGGCGGGCAGCCGUGGCGCUCGGCCGCAAUCGCGCCGUGUUCCCUGACGACAUGCCCACACUUAGUGCCUUGCCCUGGGAGGAGAGGGAGAAGAUUCUGUCUUCCAUGGGGAAUGACGACAAGUCCUCGGUGGCAGGAUCAGAAGAGGCCGAGCCUCAGUCCCCUCCCAUAAAGCCACGGGAGACACGGCAAAAGGCUAUCCAAGAAGCUCCUCCCAAAAAGGGUCGUCGAUCGCGCCGUUGUGGUCAGUGUUCAGGCUGCCAGGUUCCUGAAGAUUGUGGGGUCUGUACCAACUGUCUCGAUAAGCCCAAAUUUGGUGGAAGGAACAUCAAAAAGCAGUGCUGCAAGAUGAGGAAGUGUCAGAACUUGCAGUGGAUGCCCUCAAAGAUGUUCCUUCAGAAGCAAGGCAAAGGCAAGAAGGACAAGAAGAAGAACAGGUUGGCUGAGAAGAAAGAGAGUCUUAAUCCAGUUAAAGGACAGAACUCGGAGCCCGCGGGCCUCAAGCCGACUCUUGCACCACCAAAGGAGGAACCUCCCCAUAAAAAAAGUGAAACUCCUCCUCCCAGGCCUGGAGAGGAGAAGUCCAAACAGCAGCCAUCACCACAGCCAUCCUCACCAGCUCCAUCAUCGUCCCCCUCCCCGGCUCAAUCCCCACAAACCACCAGCACGUUCACAGCCCCUGACCAAUCUCCAGACCCCAAAGCGCUCUGUCUCUCAAGCAGCGCCACAACCAAGAAGGGGCAAAAAGCGCAGCAGCCGGCCUCCACCUCCUCCUCAUCUUCCUCCUCAUCGCCCUCCUCGUCCAGCUCGUCAUCGUCCUCGUCCUCGUCAUCAUCCUCCACUUCGUCUUCAGCACAGAAUUCCCCCGCGCCUUCGCCCUCUGCGCCGUCAGAUCCCCAAACAUCUCAACAGGGGCCGCUGAGCAGCCAGCCGCCCCAGAGGAAAGACGCUUCACCCAAGAUUCCCCUGAGCGAGCCCAAGAAGAAGACCCAGCAGCCAUCACCUCAACAGCAGAGCUCGACGUCAUCAUCAGACACAGUUGACCCAAAGCAAUUGAAGAAGCCAACCUCUCGCGCUCUCCUUCCAUCUCCUAAGCAGAAACCAAAAGACAAGGUAGGAAAAACGCUGACCACAAAACCCCCCGGCAGCUGUACUUUAAACUGGCAGGGCACUCCCUCGACAAGGGGCCAGGAGAAGUCAACGGCGCCCUGCGACGGAGUGCAUCGAAUCAGAGUGGAUUUCAAGAGGGACCAUGAUGUGGAGAAGGUGUGGGAGGCUGGCGGCCUCAGCCUGCUCACUUCCGUGCCGGUCACACCCAGACUGCUCUGCUUCUUAUGUGCAAGCAGCGGAAACGUGGAGUUUGUUUUCUGUCAGGUGUGCUGCGAACCGUUCCAUCUCUUUUGCCUGGGGGAGUCGGAGCGUCCUCUCCAGGAGCAGUUUGAAAACUGGUGUUGCCGCCGAUGCCGCUUCUGCCAGGCCUGCGGGCGCCAACAUCAGAAAACUAAACAGCUGCUGGAGUGUGAUAAGUGCCGUAACAGCUAUCACCCGGAGUGCCUGGGUCCCAACCACCCCGCAAGACCCACCAAAAAGAAGAGAGUCUGGAUAUGCACCAAGUGUGUGCGCUGUAAGCGUUGCGGAGCCACCAAACCUGGGAAGUCCUGGGAUGCCCAGUGGUCACAUGACUUCUCCAUGUGUCACGACUGUGCCAAACUGCUUGCAAAAGGGAACCCCUGCCCGCUUUGCAAUAAGUGCUAUGACGUCGAGGACUACGAGAGCAAGACAAUGCAGUGUGGACGCUGCAACCGCUGGGUUCAUGCCAAGUGUGAGAGCCUGACAGAUGAAAUGUACGAGCUGCUGUCGAAGCUGUCGGACAGCGUUGCCUACACGUGUAUCAAAUGUACGGAACGCCAGCCGGCUGAGUGGCGGACGGCACUGGAUGGGGAGCUCAAGGGCUGCCUUCGUCACGUCCUCACGGCGCUGCUCAACUCACGCACUUCAGCGCACCUGCUACGCUACAGACAGGCAGUGAAACCUCCGGAUCUAAACCCAGAGACCGAAGAGAGUCUUCCAUCUCGUCGCUCACCCGAGGGCCCAGACCCUCCAGUUCUGACUGAAGUCACGCCUUCGGCUCCAAGUGACUCCGCUGCUGAUCUGGAGUCUGUGGAGAAGAAGAUGGAUCAGGGCCGCUACAAGUCUGUGGUGGAAUUCAGCGACGACAUUGCACGAAUCAUUCAGGCAGCCAUUAACAAUGAUGGCGGUCAGCCUGAGAGCAGAAGGGCUAACAGCAUGGUCAAGUCAUACUUCAUCCGACAAAUGGACCGCAUCUUUCCCUGGUUCAAAGCGAAAGAGUCACGCUUCUGGGAACAACCAAAAGUUUGCUCCAACAGUGGUCUCCUUCCCAAUGCCGUUUUGCCCCCGUCUCUGGACCACAACUACGCUCAGUGGCAGCAGAGACAGGGAUUGUCCCGCUCGGAACGCCCGCACCUCAUCAAGAACAUCAUUCCAGCUCCCUGCCCCAAGACCCCCGCCGAGCCAGAGUCUCGAGCUACACCUCCCCCGCGCCCCCCAUCUUUACCACCGCCACCCCCACUCAUACCAGAUUGUGAAGACAUCCCAGAGCGUCCUCCUCCACCAGGCGUUAGUGAUAACAGGCAAUGUGCAUUGUGUCUAAAAUAUGGAGACGACAACACAAAUGAGGGUGGCAGGCUGCUGUACAUGGGUCAGAACGAGUGGACACACGUCAACUGCGCGCUGUGGUCAGCUGAGGUGUUUGAGGACGACUAUGGCUCCCUGAAAAAUGUACACACAGCCGUUAUCAGGGGGAAAAAGCUGCGCUGUGAGACGUGUCAACAGCCGGGAGCCACAGUGGGUUGCUGCUUCGCAUCCUGCACCAGCAACUAUCAUUUCAUGUGUGCCCGCCAGUGCCACUGCGUCUUUCUGGAGGACAAGAAAGUUUACUGUUCUAAGCACAAGGACCUCAUUAAGGGAGAAGUAGUGUCUGGCUUUGAGGUGGCCCGCAGGGUACUCGUAGACCUUGAGGGGAUUUGUGUGAAGAGGAAAUGGUUGGCAGGACUGGAGCCAGAAAAUGUCCACAUGAUGAUAGGCUCCAUGGCCAUUGACUGUUUGGGUAUACUGACCGAACUCUCAGAUUGUGAACGCAAACUGUUUCCCAUCGGCUAUCAGUGUUCCAGGGUGUACUGGAGUACCUUGGAUGCUCGAAAGCGCUGUGUGUACACCUGUAGGAUCCUGGUGUGUCACCCCUCUGUGGGAGAGUCCACACUGAAGAGCACGGUGGCUCCUGAGGAGAAUCACACAAUCGCACACAGCCCACCUCCCGUACAAGACUUUCCUGAUCCCUUCGAGUCUCCAAGGCGCUCAGACACGCUUUCUCCUGCAAACACCCCCAAGCUCAGGGUCUACACCAGGAACCGGCACCCCAGUUAUCCACCUGCCACACAGCGCUUGCAAGCUCCAAGUCCAAUGCCUUCUCCAGGAGGUCCUGCUCAGCUCCAAAAUCAAGUUGUGACCACAGGAGAGCCACCGCUGGAUUCCACCGCUCGGAAUGUUGAUUCCCGACUCCACAGCUCUCCUUCUCUCGCCCUUCCUUCCCAGCAGCUGCAAAAGGAGAGAGGGGUGAAAUCAUUCGCUCAGAUUUUGCCACGGCCUCUAACUUCACCCCCUCCGCUUAUCUCCUCACCCAUCAGAGACCCCAAAAAGGCAAAACACCUUAUCAAGGAUGAUGACAGGGGAAGACUGUUCACGCCAGACAGGAAUAAACAACAAGCAUCCAGGAAAGCGGAGAGGGUGAGACCGCCGGGUCGAGAUCAAACUUCCAAAGAGGUUGAGAGGCACAGAUCAUCAAGAGACCUGGGGCUAAAAGAGUCGGAUGGUAGCGAGUCAACAGCCAAAGACCAAGAUAAAUGGAGGCCAGGCAUGAAAGAAUCAGAGAAGGGUAGAAUUCUGGGAAAAGACUCCUUGAGAGACUCUGAGAAGGACCAACAAGUAAACAGAGACUCUGAGAAAGGAAGACAGGUCAGCAGAGAGUCAAAUAGCAGAGACGCAGACAAGAGCAAAUCAUCCUUUAGAGAGUCUAGUGCCAAGGAUAUUGAAAAGGCAAGAUCUGUCAGCAGGGAUUCGGGGCUGAGGGACUCUGAGAAGCAUAGACAAUUUAGCAGAGAAUCAGGAAAAGACAGACCAUCCAGCAGAGACUCUGACAAGUCUAGACCUCCCUCGAGGGACUCCAGUUAUAGAAGCACAGAGAGAAACAAAGACUCAGGGAAAGACAGUGACCCUGGCAGCCAGUCCAGGCACACUGGAGGCGAGACCAAGAACCUUAGACUGGCACCAGCUGGAUCAGGACAGUCCUCUCCUCCUGUGGGCACUGCUGUACUCUCCAGCCAGCAGAGAGGUGGCAGCACCAAGCAAGCUGAACGGCACAGCAAGCAUGGAGGCAAAGACCAGAAUCUCUCUGCAAGCCUCGGUGUUUCGGCUCAUCACAAGUCCACUCCCCCCUCUCACCUUGUCCAGUCUAAGGACAAGACCGGCUCAGAGAAAGAAAGCACUGGAAGCUUAGCACCAUCUUCACUUUUUAUCGACUCUCUCGUCGGGAAAUCCAGCUCCCCGACGACCGCACGGAAAUCAAACGAUUACUCAUCAGGUCCAGCUGCAGGAGCAGCCAUGAAACCUCUUUGGCCAUCCAGGACAGCAGCAGAUGAUGACCUGGUCAAACGAAGCGCCAUUCAUCUGGCCUCCCCAGCUGCAGCCUCAGCCGCCAAAGACAAGCACUCCAAAGUCAAGGCGGGAGGCAACAGAGAGGUGUCCAAAGAUCCAAAGGAGAAGGGUCUCCAAAACAAUAAAAACGACAGCAAAUCCACGCUCUUAAACAACAACACGAAAGCUACUGGCAGCUCCAACGUGCAUGUUCCAAACCCCGCCUCUCACAACAACAGCAAAGUUCCGAUGCUUGCAAGCAGCACCAAAAGCCAUAGCAAGGCUCAGGGGGAGAAGCCGGAGAACCUGGGGGGGACAAGGUUGUCUGCAAAAGGCAGAGAAAAUUUCAGCUCCUGUGUGGACAACUUCCAAGGGAUGAAGAUGUCCUCCCAUUCGCACGUCAAACCAACCAUGAAGCAGUUGGUGUUGUCUCGCAGAGAAAAGAAGAAAUCUGUAAAAAACCCUCUUCCAGCACCACUGAAACCUGAUAUCAAGAGCGACCCCAAUGGCACCAGCGGUAUCGAUGGUAUGUCUUCAUCCUGUCCCACAACCACUACCUCUUCUGCUUCUCCUGCUGGCCAGGAGACCCGUUGCUGUACCCGCUCCACUCGCUCCUCCUCCCCCUCUGCCAGCAGCAGUGACAGCUCAGAAUCUGACACCCAAACUCAAACCGAGGAGGAGGACUUGCAUAAAGGUCUUCCCUGUGGUGAUCUCCGGGACCACCGCGGCCUUCUCCCUCCAAGAACUGAAGAUGAGGCUGACGGCCCUGAGGAUUACCACGAUAGAAGUAUAGACGACGUACAUCACGAGGAUGACAGCGACGGCUCGGGGUCGGCUAAGCGUCGCUACCCACGGCGUAGUGCCCGCGCACGCUCUAACAUGUUCUUUGGACUUACGCCCCUCUACGGGGUCCGCUCUUACGGGGAAGAGGACCUUCCCUUCUAUGCCAGCGGGGAUGGAUCUGGUGCCAUGGUUAAGAGGAGGACUGGCAAAAAGUCUGCUGAGGGUCAGGUGGACGGGGCGGAUGACAUGAGCACAUCCUCUUCAUCGGGGGACAGCGGAGACGAAGAAGACGGAGGAAUCAGCCAUAGAGUCAAGGACCCUUAUUACUAUAACUUCACACGGACAAUAAUCAACCCAGCCGAGGGUCUGCCAUCUAUAGAAGGACUGGAUCAGUGUCUGGGACGUGGCUCACAGCUGCAGCGCUUUCUGAAAGAUGAAGAACAGCAACAGCAGAGGGCACAAGGAAAAAAUGAAGAGGACAUGCUCAGUACGCUGACUUUAGGCAAGCAGCACAUAGGUCAGCUUGACGGCAUUGACGACGGCUCAGAGAGCGACACGAGCAUCUGCACCACCAACACCACAACCACCACAGCGACGUCGUCCUCCACACCGCACAAAACCACCCCAAGGAGAAGGGCCAGAGAUAGGCACCAGGAGAAACUGGACUCCCACGAGGCGACCAAGGAAGCGCACACCAGCGGUGGAGUGAUGAGCAGCGCGGGAAACGCUCGAGAAGGCCGAAAGAGUCAGAAGGAGAACUGUCUGGCAUUAGGAGGCGGUGGUGGGGUCAAGUCGCAGCAGCAGAGUCAGAGUCAGGACCCUCUGGAAGCCCAGCUGUCCCUCAGCACGGACCUACUGAAGUCGGACUCUGAUAACAACAACAGCGAUGACUGUGGUACCAUUUUGCCAUCGGAAAUCAUGGAGUUUGUUCUCAACACACCUUCCAUGUCCAUGCAGGCUCUUGGCCAGCAGCCUGAGUCUGCCCCCUCUGAGCUGCUUCUGGAUGAGGGCUAUGUUGGCGUGGAUGUCAACAGGCGUAAAGACAUCCUCUUUGAUGAUUUUUCUCAUCCUCUCCCUAGUGCUGAGACUGGAGGUGUAGGGGAAAGCAGUGUGAAUACUUCCAUAUCUCUAGAGGAGCCCUAUCUUCCUCUUGAGCUCCCGUCUGAUCUAUCAGUGCUAACCACACGCAGCCCUACUGUGAGCACCAAUCAGAACCACACUGCUGGAACCCUCAUCUCGGAUACCUCAGACCGCACCAUGUUGAGCUUGAGCUCUGACCCAGAAACGAGUGAGGACAAGAAAAGAGCAGGGCCAGUAGUGUCUCCCCCAGAGAACCACCAUGAAGCUCCCGCUUUGGCAAACAGGGAUGUGCAAGUCACUGAAGGGCACAUGACGCCCGAGCAGUUUAUACCCAGUCCCGCUAUCGGCCAAGUGGUUGAGACUCCAGUUAGCCAGGAUGUUUCGAGAAAUCCUGCAACUCCUGGUUUGCCGAGCUCUCCAUCCCUGCCUCUUCAGGGUCAAAAGUUUCUCCCUACCUCGGCUGCAGCAGCAGGCAGCCCCAGUCCUGUCCCUGGUCCAGGACUGUCCCACGCUCAAGUUUCCACCCCAGCAGUCAUCAAGCCAGGUCCUGAUAAACUCAUUGUUGUUAACCAACAGUUCCAGCCUCUUUAUGUACUCCAGACUGUCCCAAAUGGAGUCACUCAGAAAAUAACUGCCACAGGCGUGAUGGACGCUGGCUCUCAAGCAGUCUUGAGCUCCAUGACGCUCGCCACAGGGUUGAAUACAUCCCAGCCUAUAUUUCCCGCUGGAGGCAAAGUCUUAGGUACAAUGUCUCACUCCUCUCAGAUUCAUGCGUUCAGAGGAGCAACCCAGGCCAGCUUCCAGACAGGAAUUCCCAGCACCACUUCAGGUCUUCUCAUUGGCUUGCCCUCUCAAGCUCACGAGCAGCCUCAGAUUCUGGUCUCCGAGGCCGGUCGACCACACGAGUUGGGUCCCAGCGUUGCCAUCGUGUCCAGCCCGUCUUCUCUGACCGCUGUCCCGACUGUGCUGUCCUCUGCUCACGGAAAGAAGAGGCCCAUCUCUCGUCUUCUGCCGAAAAAACCCAAAAAGUUAGCCCGAUCUCGCAGUCAGCCCACUCUGGCCCCUGACGUUGGCCCUCCUAACAUGACCCUCAUCAACCUGUCAUCCCCUCAGAUUACUGCCAGCAUCCCCGGCCAGCCUGGUAGCCUUGUUGAGCUCAGUGCCCUCAGCAGCUCUCAACGCAAGGUUCCCAAUAUUAUCAAGAGACCCAAAUCAGGUGGUGUUAUGUAUUUGGAUCCUGCUACACUCCUUCAACAGAGGAUUUCUGGUCCAGCCCAGGCUGGUGUGCUGGAUUCCUCCACUCACAUCUUACCUUGCACCGCUACUGGUCUCAGCCCGAGUCAGUCUGUUUUGAAUGUUGUGCCUGUGCCCCCUAGUGGUGCCGCCGGCCUCCUGGCGCCAGGGUCUGUGUCCCUUGCGACACCUGUCCUUAGCUCUGCUGAAAUCACAGGGUCAAUUAGCAACCUCCUGUUUACGGCUAGCCCGCAUGGAUUAGGGCUAUCCGACCAGCCGAUGGUCCUUCAGUCAUCAGGGGCGACUCCUCUGAUGUCCCAACUCAGCUCCCCUGUUCAGACAUCCAUAGCCAGCAGCAUUUGUGUCCUGCCUCCCCAACAGUCCAUCAGCGUGGCUGUCAACCAGCAAGGAGAACCAGACGGCAGCACUGUGCAUUUACAGCAGCAGGCCUUUUCCCGAGCCCAGACUGCGGAGGCCAAUCCCAGCACCAACGUAACAAUAGCACCGGCUUUGAGCCCAGCGAAAGGGCGCGUCGUCGGGGUAUUUAACCAGACCUUGCACUCCCAGAGCAGCAGAACGACUCACAUUCACCGGCCCUCUGAACCAAACGUGAAAAACUCCACCUGUGUCCCAACAGCGAGGGCAGAAAAGGGCAAAGUGAAAGCUAAAAGGAGCAGGCAGAGCCCAGAGAUGAACAAUAGCAAGAAAGUCAAGGUGUCUCAAGCGGAGGAACAUUACAGCAACCCUGCAGGACAUCUUCCUUCAAAGCCAAGCAUUUCACAAGAAUCGAGCUGUCCCGAGCCAAUGGACACAAGCAAGCUCCCCUACAAGAACAAAAGUGUCCUUGGUAAAAAGAAGGAUUCUGAAGAUCUCCCAGACCACAAAGCCUCCACCGUCAGAGGACCGGGUUGUCUUGCAGUCGCUUCGUCACCCCGCCAAGAUGGCAGCGGCAAAGACGGCAAACCCAAGAAGGGCAUCAUCUUUGAGAUCUGCAGUGAAGAUGGCUUCCAUAUCCGCUGCGAGAGCAUUGAAGAGGCCUGGAAGUCCCUGACCGACAAAGUGCAGGAAGCUCGCACUGAUGCCAAACUCCAAAAGGUGUCCUUUGAAGGCUUGAACGGACUGAGGAUGCUCGGCGUGGUCCACGAGGCCGUGUUGUUCCUCUUGGAGCAGCUGUAUGGCACCCGGCAUUGUCGGAGCUACCGUUUCCGUUUCCACAAACCCGAGGAAACCCAAGAACCUCACGUCAACCCCCAUGGCUCAGCUCGGGCGGAGGUCCACCAAAGGAGGUCUGUUUUUGACAUGUUCAACUUCUUGGCCUCAAAACACCGUCAGCCUCCAGAGUACAAGCCACAGGGAGAGGAUGAGGAGGAAGGACAGCUCAAGACUGCCAGACGUGCGUCAAUGGAACUGCCGCUCGCUGUGAGGUUCAAACAACUCAAGGCCACCUCCAAGGAAAUGAUUGGCGUCUACAGAUCUCCCAUCCAUGGCCGAGGUCUGUUCUGUAAGAGAACCAUCGAGGCAGGCGAGAUGGUCAUCGAGUAUUCCGGGAACGUGAUCCGCUCGGUACUCACGGACAAGCGGGAGAAAUACUACGACGGCAAGGGAAUCGGCUGCUACAUGUUCCGCAUCGACGACUACGAGGUGGUGGAUGCUACAGUGCACGGCAACGCCGCCCGCUUCAUCAACCACUCGUGCGAGCCCAACUGCUACUCGCGGGUGAUCGCGGCCGACGGCCAGAAGCACAUCGUCAUCUUAGCCUCCCGCCGCAUCCACCGCGGCGAGGAGCUGACGUACGACUACAAGUUCCCCGUGGAGGACGCCGGCCAUAAGCUGCCCUGCAACUGCGGCGCUAAGAAGUGUCGCAAGUUCCUCAACUGAGCCGCCAGUGCUGGUUUGUCCCAACGUUUAAUAUGCAGAGGAGGAGGGGCCAUUUGUGCAACUUGACAAUAUACUGUGCCUCCUUUUAGUGUCAUGUCACUGCAGUUUUUCUUAGUUCCAAUUUGGAUGACAUUUUGACAUUGGCCCAUCCUCCCUCAUUUUUAAGAUGUGUCAUUAGUGAGACGCGAAAAACAAAAACAAAUCAAAGAACUUGGUUCCACUUUACACCAAAGUGCAAUUUGUUGAAGGGAACAGAAAAAGAGUCGAAUUUGUUUGGGUUUUUGGUGUGUAGCGAAGCCUGCUUUGCUGCACAUUUCUUAUCUCCCAGUGUGAAUGUGCCCUGAUGCCUUCACAGCCGCGGUGACUUGCCCUGCUCACCUUACCUGACCCUCCCCCACCCCCCACCCCAAUUAUCCAAUCUGAGCGUUGUGGAGAGAGCAAGGCAGCUUGAGAUCCUGGUGGACUGACUGACAGCCAAGGACCACCCCCCCCGCCGACCCCCCCGCGCCCCACCGACGCCCUACUGACGUGCUUUAGUAGACAUAUUUAUUUUUCUUUGUCUGGAUGUUGUAGAAAGUGCGUUGUCUAUUUCGUUCCAAAAUGGCAGCAGCAAAGAGAACCAAACAAACAUGGCGCCCUUGAAUUGAUAUUUUUUUGUGAUCGUUGUUGUUAUGAAAAUGUUCUUACGUGUAUUCAGUUUUUAAAAGUCUGUUUUCUGUCUUUUUUUAUUAGAACGAGCAAAUAUUACGCUUUUUUAAAAAAAUGUAUAUAAUGUAUAUUUUUCUACAGUGGAGAAAAAAAAGCACUCACUAGUGAAUAGCACUUAACGAUGGUAUUUAUAUUUUUUUAAAACAAAUCAUAUUUAUUUUAAUGCCAUUUUUUGUAGGAAAUAGAGGUUUACAAACACUAAUGCGCUCUCUAUGUUUUGUACUCCGCUGCCUUUUUACUUUUUUUUUUGUUUUCUUUUGUUUGGUUUUUGUAGUCUGAAUGUUUUUAUUUGAUUCCAAAGACUGACGCUGGUCUGUGGUUUGGUCCGAGUUGGCUUCAGUCCACCAGGAGAUCUUCUCUUUCUUUUUCUUGUUUUCCUUCUUGUUAGAAUUGGCAAUGCGGCUCAUGUGAACUACUACUAUUACGAUUAUGCACUUGGGAGAGGUUGGAUGAUGGUUGAUGGUUCGCUGAUAUCUCCUCUCUCCGGCCUUAUUGCCUCCUCACCACAGACACAAGCAGUCAUAUCUCCAACACGUACACACAUCAUCUUUGGUCAAAAGGGAGGUGCCUUUUAUGUUGAUGCUCCGUGCAGCCAGUAACAAAGUCAAGUAUUAGGACCACGCUGAAAAGAAAAACAUGUUUUUCUCGUCAUUUUUACCACACAUAUGACUUUCUUGUAAUAUUAUGACCUCCAACUUUACCUGAUAUUAAGGUGUCCAAAUAUUCCAACUUUAUUGUCAUAACAUGCAGUAUUAUAGCUUUUUUUCUGCUAAUAUUACAAUAUGAACCUCAUCAAAGUAGCUACUCUUCCCUCAUAUUAUGACCAUGACCUUUACUUUUUUCCUUCAAAUAGUCUCAGUCAUAAUAUUGUGCUACACCUUGUAAUAUCAUGACGUUAUUAUCAUGAAAUAGCAAUAUUUUUGGCUGCUGUCCUCCACAUAGUACAACUUUACUGUGAUAUUAUUGCAACUUCUUUCUAAUAAUAAUAUGAUGUUAACAUCAUUAACAUUUCCUUUAAAUAUUGCUACUUUUGUCACAAAAACAGUAUUCCAACUAUUUUCUUGUAAUGUAACAACAUGAACGUCAUACAGUAGCAGCUUUUUUCCUCAUAUUGGAACAUUUGGACUUUUUUUCUACCACAUUUUACAACUUUAUUAUCAUAAUUCAACUUUUUUUUGGUACUAUACCGUCAUAAAAUAUUACAACUUCGACCCUUCCCUCCGUAUAUUAUGACUAUAUUGUCAUAAUGUACAGUACUACCAGUUUCUCCUUGUAAUAUUACAACAAAUAGUGCAACUUUGUCAUAUUAUUGCAACUUUUUUCUUGUAAUAUUACGACUUGAUUAUAGUAGCGCCAUGUUUUUCUUUUCAGUGUCCUAUUACUCCUUUGUGUCAUGACCAGUGCUCACCAGUGUUUUUAAAAACAACUACUGUAUCUCAUGUAUUAUGCCUGCCAUUCAUGCUGACUUCACUAGCAGUGACUCCGAUGCUGCCCCCUAGUGGUUAUAAUCCCUCACUUCAUGUGGUAGUACUGCUUUGAUACACCAGAUUGAAGACAGGGGGCGCCCCACUGAGGCUGCUAAGGUCAACAAUGAAUGUAAUACUCCCACUUUCCUGCAGUGGGCGUGGUUUUCCGUUGCCGUGCCAACACGCCUGACGAACACGGGCCGGUGGUGUUCGGUUUUAGCUCAACAAUGCGACGCGUCACGGGCUGUCAAGGGCUCCACUCUUAACAGAUCUCACCUGUCGAGACCCACGUGGGUCAAACUCUUGGGACUUCAUUUCUUCUGGAGGGGGCGGUCACAGCAGUGCCACCCCCCCUCGCUGUAAUUAUAGUAUAAAUACAUGACAAUAUUAUACGGACACAUGCAUAGUCUUGUGCUUUAGUAUCUAUACCAUAUAUGGAAUGGACAGACAAACUUAGUUACAGUAGCAAUUAAAAAACAAAAAAAACAGCCGAUGAUUCUAAUAGCAAUGUUUCAAUGUACUCUAUAAUGGUUUUGUGUUACAGUACUAUCAGAUAAACUAACUAACGUGCAUCAUUUCUUCUUUUCCUUUGUAUAAUGGAUAUCCAGUACCAGUUUUUACUGUGCCUGUGAAUGCACCUACGUCACAAAAGGUGCAUUUUUUUUUAGUUUUUUUUCCAGAAAAAGGAGCAGUUCAAUGUGAUGAGACGUCAGUGUAUUCAUGUGCUUGUUGUUCGCAUUAUAUGUCAAAACAGGGACUUACUUGAUGUGGUGUGACUGCCAGCUUCCAAAAUGGCCGCUUUUAUUUGCUCCGAAGCUUUGGUUGUACGUAUCAUGUAAUGUUUUGAUUUGAAAUACCGUAAGUCAUAAUGCUGAACCUUUUUAAUUUAUUUCUAAGAAUUAUGAGACAAGUUUGGACAAGUACAUGUUGUUUCUCUUGUUGGAUGAAAUGUGGUGUCGCGGUGGGAGUGGAUGCUUGAAAACAAAAACAAAACCCUUGUCUUAUCAAUAGUCCUCUCUGUCAACAUCAUACUCAUCCUGCUCAUUCUCUCCCAGCAAUGAAGGAAAGCCACCACAGAGAAAAAAAAAGAAACCACAGACUAGCUUAACUCGCUUGAAUGUAUAAUGAGGAAACAAAGUUGUACAUAAUGUGUAAAAAGAAAAGUUUCUAAUCAUGUUUAUUUUCUAUGCACUUUUUUUAUUUAAGUGAUAGUUUCAAUAAUAAACAUGUCUCCUUUA